AUGAGUCAGGAGCGAGUAGGAGGGGGCCGGUACCCAAUGAUAGCCUUACCCAAUGCAUUGGCAGUGGCUAAGGGAGCCCCGGCAACCUUAGAUGUAUACAGGGCAUGGACCCAGAGAGAUGUGGUCCGAGCCGUAGAAGGGGUGGUACACCCGAAAAUAGGAGUAGAUAUUCAGGAGAGAUAUAGAAGGGCUCACUGCAAGUUUUAAGUUAAACACGGGGGAACUGGAAAGAGCAGUGAGACAGAUAGUGGUAGGAAAGGAUUGGGCAGCUGUGAAGGGAGACUGGACCCCAGGAAGGGGGGACAGACUUAUUUUACAGUGGGCCGUAGAUGGAGAGUAUCAAGAUAAACUUAAUCAACUACGUAACAACCUUAGAGAUUACUACCAUAGACAUGCUGAUUUUUCUAAAAUCCAUGAGUGCAAACAGGUAGCAGAUGGGCUGUAUCAUCAACAAUUAAAAAUAGCCUUUUUAAGCGGAAUGAGGCCUGACAUUUCUCAAACAAUAAAAAAGACCCUGAUUGGCUGGGGCAUAGCAACAAUGAUUGAGGUUAAA